AUGUCGGCUAUUAUAGCCCCAGAUGAGUACAGUCAGCAACUAGCAGCACUAGGCGACGACAGCGUAAGCCGUUGCUCAACGGACGAAGAGACUAUUUUGGGUUACGAUAGUGGUGAGACUAUUGAUAUUCUGCUCGAACGCCUCAGUGCGUGGAAGCACGUAUGCGAAUAUCUCUACUCUUAUAUUUCUGCAACUGCGAAAGCGCAGAAAUCCCAGUCAAGAGAAUAUGAAACGAUUCUGAAGAGCGUGAGCUAUCCACUCGAGGAAGGUCAUCAUUUUAAACCAAGCACAGAUGGGGUGGCUGGACUUUUCGAAAACAUAUACACUAAUACAAAGGAAAUGGUAAAAGUGUAUGCCCUGGCUGAGCGAAAUCUGAACGACAGCGUGCUGCUUAUGCUGGAACGUCUCCUCAAAGAAAUCAAAUCCGAAGCGAAACAAUUAAAGGUUGACAAAUCCAACGGGGCAAAUCUAAUCGCGAAAGCAUGGCGCGCAACACAGAAACAUAUCAUUCUCCUGGCUAAGAGCACUAGGUCCUAUGAUGCCAGCACCGGCAACAAGGUUGAACAGUCCCAUGAUCCCUACCUCCUCCGCCAGGGCGUCCACAGCAAAUUAAUUGAGCAAGCAACGAAAGAAAAGGACGAUCGACAAGAAAACCAAGAGAUUCAGGAAUCUUUCCUGUGGUUCGAAAUGCAUAUUUUGCAAACAGUUCAGUGUGUUAUAGCCAAGUUCUUCCAAUUUAUGGGUGGCCAGCUCGAUCAUCAGCGUGCAAUGUACGGUGAUAUCCUGGGUACAGCACAGCUUAUCCACCCGGAUUUGGAAUGGUUUAGUUUCGUGGAGCGAAAGAACGCGGCACUUCUGGAUCCCGAACCUUUGCGGAGGUUGUCAGUAUAUUCAACGUUUCCGAACAAGGACCAUCGAGCAACGAAACCAAUCAUUGAAGGCGACCUAGAAUGCCAUUGCCAUGGUAUAACUAAGGAAUGCCAUUAUGUGGUUACGCGAGCAGGCUACUUGCAUGGUUUCGGUCGUAACAAAGAACUUUACCAACAACCAGUUCCGGAGAUGUCCUUGUACUUAGCGAACUGCUCCAUCGGUCCUGUGAAUGAUCUCAAUUUCAGUGUUCAAGGCGUGAAUGUCUCCAGCAGAAAUUCCGUGAACCCGUUUCACACUACUACUAAGUUCAUUUUCAGAGCUCAAAGUACUGAUGAGGCUGAGAGAUGGCAUUCCGCAAUAGAUGCAGCGAUCCGACACUCGACGUCGUCUUUGCUAGCUACGGCAGAUACAGAGGCGGUUUGA